CGUCCCGCACCAUUUACAUUCCGCGUGCCUUGCCGGAAUUGCGAUUGCUUCCCUAACUUCAACUAUUCUCGCAGAGACAGUUAGGCACAAACACACCACAACAUUCAUCACUAGAUGAUAGCCGAAAAGCAGUUACAUCAUAGAUCGCCAACUGAUUGUGCUAUCUUGAACUGGAAUCGGACCGCGACACCAAGUUUGCUGAGCUUGUGAUCGACAGAGACCCAUCAAGCACAUCUUUGACCUUACGCCCACCUGCAUCGUUGUUCUCUACAGUGGUCCGACACGAGAAAUAACCGAAAGUGCAACUUCGCGUACAUAGCGCUGUCUGACAAUGCCGAAGCAUGCAUUCUCGGCUGUCACGGUCCAAGUCGAUCGGUUGACCAGCGAACAAUAUGAGGAGAAUGAUAUCGGUGGCGUUGUGGACCUGAUCGAGGUUAUUCGCAUCCAGGCUUCGGGUCCGACAGAAGCAGCGCGGGCGCUCCGGAAGAAACUGCAUGUACCAGCAAAGUACGGAAAUGUGCAUCGACAGGUCCGCGCGCUUGUCAUCCUAGAUGCGCUAAUCCAGAAUGCUGGCACGAGAUUUCAGAAAGCAUUCGCCGAUGAGCCACUUCUUGAACGUUUACGUAUCCUCGCUCGAGACGACAUGGUCGACUCUGAGGUGCGACAAAAGGUCAACGUACUCUUCCGGCAAUGGGCUGUUGCGUACAAGGGGACUCCAGGCCUUGAGCGUAUAGCAGCACUACAUAAAGAACUUCCUCGCACUAAGCGCCCCCAGCCGCAACAGUCUCGCAUCGUUCGACAGCAGGACGCCGAAGCUGCACGUGAGCGUGAGGAGCAUAACUCGCCUCCGCCGUCCCCUCCUCAUUCUAGACGCCCUGUCCCGCAGCAAGCUUCUUCAUCAUCGUCAAGUAGACCUGUCGCGUUGGGAAAUGCCACGACUCAGUCUAGCUCUUCAAUCUUCAAGAGGGACAAGAAGGACAAAAAGACUCGGGGGAAAGCCUUCAAUUUGGAGAAAGAGAAGGGUCAACUCCUAGAGACUAUCGCUUCCGCGAACGUUGCAAGUACGAAUUUGCUAAAUGGACUACAACUCAUCAAUCGAGAGCAACAGCGAGUCAGUGAAAACCCAGAAGUCAUGCGCCGCUUCGAGACAUGUAAGCAACUUCGUCGUCAGAUCUUACGGUACAUUCAUCUCGUCGAGUCUGAGCAGUACAUUGGUGGAUUGCUCAACGCCAACGACGAGCUUGUCAAGGGCCUGAUGGCUUUCGAAAUCAUGGACAAGAGCAUCGACGACGACAGUGAUAGUGACAACGAAUUGAGCUCAUCACCGACGGCAGAGGCUGCUAUGGCCGGCUUGCGCAUCGAUGAGCAAGCUCCAGCAAAGCCACCCAGGCCGAUGAGCAUACCCAUGCCCCCUACACCCAGCAAACAGGCUGCACCGGAAAGCGAGCCAGAGGAGGAUGAAGACGACCCGUUCAGCGACAACAAUGCUGUCAAGACGCCAUGGCAAGAGAAGACGGAGCCGACUUGGAGGGACGUCUAA